GAGAAAGGUGAAUGUGCAAGGAAGCAGCUGUGUGGAGGUGCGUGUAGUCAGAGUGUCUGCAGCAAGCGCAGACAGUUGGGCUUUUUCUAAGGCAGAGAGGAGUUUUCUUCUUUCAAGGAUAAAUGAUAGCAAUAAAAAACAGAGCAAGCUAGCAGCAGGGGCUAGCUGUUUUGGGGAAGGAUCCCUGAACUUGUUAUCCAUGACGGCUUGGGACUCUUAAGGGAGGAGACAGGGAUUGUGAAAUCGGCUGUUCUUUUCCCUGAACCGUGAGUGAGCUCCUGGGACACCUGAGAGCUGCCUGCUAUGCCAACAGAAAUCUCUCACGCGGUGAGGAUGCAUGGCAUCUCUGGCUUCCAUUCCUCGCUGACGGUGAGGCUGCUCAACAAGGGCCCGGAAUACCUUCGCAAGCAGAUGGAGGCGGGCAACCCGGGCCGGAAAAGUGCCGUGGAAAGACUGGCAGCAGACAAGGCCAAGUAUGUCAAAAGCCAGCAGGUAAUCAGCACUAGGCAGGAGCCGGUCACAGCCCUCAGCUCAGCUUCCGAGAGCAGCAACAGCGAGAGCACCUCCGUGGAGAGCAAAAAAGUCAACAACCACCUGCCUGAGGAGAAGCGUGCCACAUCCAACGUGAACCACGCCGUGGAUCCCGGUCCCCUUCCGCUUGAGCAUGGUGACCUUCCGAUCGUGAGGCGCAGCAGCGCCAAGAGGCAGAUUAGGCCGGACUCUUUGGUGAUCUAUCGCCAGAAAUGUGAGUUCGUGAGAGGUCAAAGCCAGGAGAGUCCUCGUGGGAGUCUGGUCCGAAGGCUGUUCCCGAGUCCUUUCAAGGAGAAACAGUCAGCUUCUGAGGCAGCCAAGGCCAUUCUGAAGGAGGAUAUCGCUGACACUGACACAGAAGGGUCCAUUUUGGUCAAAGGCACGAACCAAAACUCUGACCUGGCAGGAAACAAUGCGCCCCCAAACACAGGCCCGGCAGCCAUCCUCACCAGCAGAUGUGAAAACGCCUCAAAUUUGACGGUAGCCCCUCAUGAGGUCAAGGAGGUGAGGCGGAAAGGUCUGCACCGGUCCCAGUCGGACAUUAGUUCUCGGUAUUCGAAAUCUUUCUCCGAGUUUGACACGUUCUUCAAGUACUGUGGCCUGGACACUGAGGUAAUAGAGGACCUUGGCCAAGAGAACUUUUCGGUGGCUUCUGACAACUUCUCCUUCCGUAUCCGCAGCAUCAGUGUGGCAACAUCGGAAAGCGACUUCACGAGGCACAGCGGCGACGAUGGGCUCCUGGAAGAAGAGCUCACAGACCAGGUCCCUACUGGCACGUCAGUAAUUGAACGCAAUGCUCGGAUAAUCAAAUGGCUGUACACGUGUAAGAAAGCCAAGGAGGCUAAGACCAUGCUAUAGUACCUCUGAAAACAUCAUAGCCAGAAUGGAGGAAUUCGCCUGAGAUGGAGGCUGGGAUCAUGGACUUGUAGCAAAAUGGUGGAAUACGGACUUGUGGCAACCAUUUUUUAUCAUGGUUCCUCACCUGCACAAGUGAGUCCCAUGAGAUGACUGAACCGCAAAUUUAAAUGGGAAUCAGUACCAGCACCUGGAAAAGAAGGAACAGCCAUAGCUAAAGGGUGGAGAAUCAGAAGUCGUUGCCUCAUAAUACAUACAUACUGAAGGGGAACAGAGAUGCUGGUCUGCACACGGAAUUUUUCUGACGCUCAAUCUUCUAGCGAAGCAGAAACCCAGAGUUGGUAACCUCUGAGUGUCUUUUCAUGGAAGGCAAUGUCCUAGAUUAAUACCGCUUCUGUAAUAGCAAAUUGCAUGUGCACUGUUAGGUGUGAGGAACAUAUUGCCAUGUUUGCCAUGUGUUCAUGCUGUGGAAACUGCACUGAGCAGUGGUUUCCUAACGAAUAAACACAUCAUACGCACAUCUGGGAAAAUAGGCAUGUGUGCAGCUGCCCCAAAGUUCACGUUGAUUUUCUACAUGGGAAUGACCUUUGGUGUGAAGUUUCCCUGAAGUUGGGAUUCUGGUGACAAAGCCUCCACCUUCAUUUGUAACAGGAAACUGCUUUCCUAAAGCAUGUCUCUCAAGUGUAUAUGCUUUAGCCAUUCUUUCUUCACAUGAGGGAUCUCCUACAUACUGCUUUUUUCAUGCAACACCUGGAAUCCAGUGUUUGUAGGUGUGGUUGGUUUUUUUUAAAAGAGAAAACCUAAUCUGAGUACCAGAAAAAAUGCAUUAGAAGUUGCCUUAUACUGAGUCAAACCACUGGUCCCCUUAGCUCAGCAGCUUCUCAAGAUUUCAGGCAGGAACCAUUCCCAACUUUGUCUAGAGAUGCUGGGGAAUUGAAGGAGACCUUCUGCAUAGAAAGCUUGUGCUUGUGCUUUCCCUACUGACCCUACAAGCCAGGUUCUCUCUUUUCCCAUCCUCUCCUUUAACCGUGGUUUCCUCAUGUCCCCUGAGAGAAAAUCCCCAAAGGGAGUCAAUGUGGCAUACGGGAUGGAGCCGGACAAGCAAAUCAACAGCUCCACCACCACUACCCUUCCUGUGCGUAUGGUAGCACUUUCCACUUGUGUACAGUAUCGAGCCAUAUUACAGUAUGUUCCCAAACAUUACAUGGAACUGUGCUCCUUGGUAGGGAAUGGCAUUGCUUUUAUUAUUAUUAUUAAAAACUUGGCUAGACUGCAAGGUAAAAUGGAUGAUCUAGACAGGCCUGGAGGCACAUAACUGUCUAAGGUGCUUUCCACGUCUGUGAGAAGAUCACUUUUGAGUGGAUUUCCAAACAGGGUUUGCUCCUUUGCCACUUGGGAAUGGCUGUUGUUUCUGCAAUAACAAGCAGGUGCAAACAUGCCUUCCCCUUUUACCGUAUUUUUCCGUCUAUAAAACACCCCCACGUAUAAGACUUUUUGGGGGGACUCCAAUUUAAGAAAAUGGGCAUGUAUAAGACGCCCCCAAAUUUUUUACAUUAUUUUUAGGGGGGGAACCCUAGUCUUAUACACAGAAAAAUAUGGUAUUUCACUAAUUCAUUCUCUCUCUCUCUCUCACUCACACACACAGACAGACACACACAGGCACACUCAUAACAAGAAUCUGCAAGUGGAAUGUGGGAGUGGAAGGAAGACUGAUAUUAUGUAUAACAGAUAUUCUUAAAGAAAGAAAAAAAGAAGCAUGCUUAGUAACCUAACGCUGCAGUCACAAUUGCUGGAUUAAUUGACAUGCUGAUGUGCCAUAAAGUUUCAGGUUAGCUUUAUUAACAAAGAAAGGGGAAAAUGUUUGAACAUUCCUCAGAUUGUGCCCAUCAGUCAUUCCAAGGCUGGCAUGGUCAAACUGGAGGUACAGAGAGCAGUUCCUGUUAUGAGUUUGAUAUACUGUACAUUGUUAUACCUGGAUAAUUCUACCAUUUUAGUAAAAGGGUCCGGCUGCAAUCCUAUACUUGGGAGCAAGUACUGUUGUACUCAGUGGGGCUUUGUCUGAGAAAAUAGGAGUGGGCUUGCCGUUGGUCUUGGAUUUCUAAUUCUUGUCAGUGAGGUAGACUAUUGAAGCCACUUAGGAAUAGGGUUCUGAGAUCCAACCAUCAUUUUAUUUUCAAACUGGGGUGGCAAACCUAUAGUCCUCCAUAUGUUGUUGGCCUCCAAACUCCCAGAAGCCCCAAUCUGCACAGCCAUUGGUCACAGGUGAUCACGAUGGGAGCUGUAGUUCUACAGCCCUGAAUUCAAUGCCUAAAUAUCACUGAUGCCCAAAUAUCUCAGCUUCAUAAAAGAUGGUGCUGUCCCUUGUUCCCAAGAGGCCCUAAAUGGUGAUGGCUAUAUGCUACCUCCAGGAUCAGAGAUAACAAGGAACUAGCUGCUAGGGGGAACAACAGGAGCUGAGGACUAUUGCUUUCAGGUCGUUCUUUGGGGCUUCCCAGAGAAGCACUUGGUCGUCCCCUCUGGAGAACAGAUAAACAAGGUAGGCCUUUGGUCUGACUCUAUAGGGCUUGUCAUCUGUUUAAAAAUGAAUUAUUAUUGGGGUUAUUUUAAAACAUACAUAUUAUUCCAGCACCUGUGCUUCUGCAUACUCCAGUCACUUUUCUGUAGUCAGAGAUUCCCGUAUGAAUUCUUCACCUAGUGAAAAAACAUCAGAUUGGCGAGAUUCAAUGAAGUUGUCCACAUGGAAUGCAGUUCCCUCGCUCAGCUGAACUGUCCUUCCUGCCUCCUCCCUGGCAUAGCCCCUAAAUCUUCUCUGGAGGGUUGAGGGGAAACCUAGAAACAAAUUUUAGUGGGUGCGUAGGGAGAGGAAAGUGGGGGGGGGGAGUCCAGUUGCAGAAGUAAGCUUCAUCUGCAUACACAUUCCUAAAUUAGCUCAAUGCUGAAUUCCACCCAAUAUUGCUCCCAAUAAUGAGGGAGCCCAGCGUCACAUGUCCCUGUGACAUCACACGUACAGUGUGCAAUUCGUUGGGAGGAGGCUGAGCCCAGGACCAUGCAGCUUCCAUAGCUGGUGGCUCCUCCUCUCUUGCGCUCAGGAGCCGGCCACUGAUGCUUUGCUGUGUUCAUCUCCACGCUCGGCCUCCUCCACCCCACCCCCAACAUUGGGGGGACUCAGCUCCCCACCAAAAAAUAUUGAGCGGGGCAAGUACAACCCUGCCCCUAGGAGUUGGCGCCUAUGAUUCCACUCUACAUUCUCUUACAUCCAUGUUAAUGUGCAGUGUUUGGUAUAAUGGAGGGUAGGGCCCUUGUUCAAAGCUGAAAAACUUAGCCACAUGUGGUUGUUGUUGUCGUCUUCGUCUUUGUUUUGUUCUGGUUUUUAUAGCACUUGUUCUUGGGCAAGUACUACAAGAAAUGGAGUCAAGUGAAAUUUCUUUUGCUUCUCUACUUGAGUCCGUCAAGCAAAUAAGCUCUUCCAAAUGAUUGCCAUAUUGCACCAAAGAAAAGCUAACCUUGUUACAGAAAGUGAAAUAAGCACCUAGUGAGCAAUUUUGUGGGUCUUCUGUCAUCAGAGGCACUAGGCGAGGGGGUUUCCUCAUGAUGCACCCCACUGCCUCAGAUCUUUGAUCUGGUCUUCAUGCAGAAGUUCCUAUCUGGUCCACAUACAUUUCAAUGCAGGGAACUGCUCUGCAUAUAAAUUACUUUAUGUAUGCAGAUCCUCUCCUGCCAUUGAAAUGAUUGGGAAUCUUGUUAAAUAGGAAGUCUGUAUGUGUAAAUAUGUCUGCAUGGGGGCAAGGAUGAAAUGUAUCUUGCUGUGAUUUAUUCCAGUGCUGGGAAACUAAACCAGCACUUUAAUUUCUCAUUUAAAAAUGUAUGUAAGUAAUAGUAUGUACCGGUACCUAAGGAAAAUGUACUUGUGAGUCACUAGGUAGAGAUAUUCUGACUUCAAUAUCUGAAGCCUUCCUCCCCACCCCCACCCCUUUAGAUGUUCUGAUAAUACCAUCUGUCUCAUUGGGCUGUUUUGUUUGUUUUGGUUGUAUAUAAUGUAUAUUAUGAAUUUGGAAAAUACGCAUUUCUUUCAAAUCUCCUCGGUGCUUAGGGGAAACCUAAAAGGUGUGUGUUGUUGUUUUACUUUUUGCUGAGUGCCUAAAGGGCUUUGUGAAACAAAUAUAUUUUUCCAUUAUAAAAAGUUGUGUCAUCACUUCAUUGACAUCAGGACUGGUUCCUGACCCACACAAAAGGCUGCUAACAGCAAGAGGUCAUUAAACAAGGAUAAAAGCUAUACUGUUAAGGCUGCUAAUCCACAAAUGUAAUCCACUUCACCGUGUGCUGUGCAGUUCUUUAUUUAUGUGACAAGCUAAUGAUGGAGGGGGGCUUCCUUCCUCUUUAAACUCUAUGAGAAUAUGGGCAGCUUUACACAGUAUGUUUUUUUCUGCAUACAUUCAUGGGAGACGUUUUCUGCGUGCAGGUAAUAAUGUAAGUAGGCAAUUUGACAAAAUCCAUGUAUGGAAAACACAGGUAUCAUCCAGGCAUAUUCACUGGGGAGAUGUAAUCGAUCACAGCUUCCUAAGAAGCUCAUAGGUAAAGGUAAAGGUAAAGGGACCCCUGACCAUUAGGUCCAGUCGUGACCGACUCUGGGGUUGCGCGCUCAUCUCGCAUUAUUGGCCGAGGGAGCCGGCGUAUAGCUUCCAGGUCAUGUGGCCAGCAUGACAAAGCCGCUUCUGGCAAACCAGAGCAGCACAUGGAAACGUCGU